CCAGUCAGCUGAAACCCAAACAAUACUUUCACAUAAUUAUUUUAUGAGCAGCGUUGCUAGCCUCAGGACACGCAAUUAACUCAUCAUGAAUUCGUGUACCACGUUUGCACGAACAGGUUUGCUACUGACCUGAAAACCGAAUUAGGGCCUAAUUGGUUCUAAAGGAAAAGUUAAUUGACUGAGCGCCUGAAAAGGAUUUUCCCUCGUGUUUUCAACGUGCAAAUGUUUCCUGUUAUUCGCUUCUCAUUAAGGAUUCAUUAAUAACCCCAACCCCGAUCGGACCUCACGGCCGAUUUGAAUAAUGUCGCUGUAAAUUUAAACGUUCAUAUCAUGGCGGGAAGUGUGACUUGUUUUGUGUGUAAAUCCAAAUUGGAGACUUUCGAAAAUGUGGUGAGCUUGUGGUCGGCUCAAAGCGUUGAUCCUCCUUCAAAUGCAAAUGGUUUUGUUUCUGAACCGUGGCUGUGUCAUCACAAGUGUUUUACUUGCUCGGUAUGCGGCUCGACGCUAAGAGAUGGAGAAAAUUUACAAACGUACAACGUUUCUAGUGAUAAAAGAUUAUUUUGCUCAAGACACUACUACUGCCAGAAUUCUGACGAUGAGAGACUAAUUCACGCACUGAACAACUUUAAAGAGAGAAGUCUUGCUUUGAAAGCAACGUGGGAGAAAGAUGACGAAGGUCCAGAGAGCGGCCUCGAAAGCAACGAGGGGAUUUCUCGCUUCAACUGCACUUGCAGUCAGCCGAAAUUCGUAGAGCGCGUAGCAGGAUACGAGGUAGAAUGCCCCAAAAAGGACUGUCCUAACAGAGAUUCAUUUAUAAAGAAUUACAAGCAUCGCUUUAAAAGCUUUUGCGAUCUUGGUUCUUCAAGACUUAUCGGUCAUGCGAGUUCAGUUUCUCCGGAGGGAUUUUAUCGAGACUAUUUUUAUGGAGUAAAACAUUGGAAUUACUGUGUAAAGGAAGAGCAUAUUGGUGCAAUCCUUUUUACUUUGAAACCUGAAUCUAAUCCUCAGUCAAAAGGCUCUUUCAGGUAUUUAAAAUUUUAAAUUUGUUACAAUUAUAACCGAGGUGCUAAAAACAAUAACGCGAUGUCUAUUAAAAUAUUCAAGUUCUUUGUGUCUGGAAUUUACAUUUAUAUUACAAUCCCUCUGAUCUCUUUUUAAUUAUCAAAAUCUCAUUUGGUCGUUUAUAUUGAAUAAAACAAAACAUAACACUCACCAUGAUUAUUAUUUUUUUUCUGCCUGAAGAAAUUAAAUUCAGUUUCACAGGAAAUUCAGUUUCUAAAAGGCCGGAGUUUUUUUGGCUCCUUCAGUGCCUCACCGUGAAAUUAAUAAGGGCUCUUGACAAAUUCAAUAGGCUUGAAAGAACUGAUUGUGUAGGAGGCCAAUCUAGGAGGAAAUUAGCCAUUGUUCAUUUUUUUCCAUAAGUUCCAUUCACUCCCUAGAAUGCUCAAGAAAGACAAAUUUCAAAAUUUAGUUUAAUUGGCCAAAAUUAUGCCAAAAAAUAUAUAGAGUUCCAAAGAGGCUCCAUUUGAUUAAAUUGUCACCCUGCUGUUUUUUCAUCCAUAGACUUAAAGAAGUUCGAAUCACAUCAUACAGCAGAAUAAACAGUACCAAGGGAAAGAAUCGCUCAGGAGCUUUCAUUUAAAUGGUCACACAUAAGAAUUAUUUUUAUCCAGUGAGUCACCUUGUUCCACGUGAUACACAGUACCUCUAGAAAGUACUGCUCACUUGCUUCUAUUUGAAUUGCCUGACAUUCUAAGAUUAACAUCCGCAUGUUUAAAGGUUACAAGAACUACUGUAUAUCUGAGGACAAGGAGAGGAUUAAUCUGAUUAGAGAACUUACUUCAUUAAAGAGACCACCUACUCAUGAAAAGUUAUAUUGUUUUAAAAAGAAAUGAAAAAAAUUAAUAUGAUAAUAAUCAGAUAUAGAUAUAAGCUGCUUUAGCACAGAUGUUCUCAGGGCUUUGUCAGGAAGGAACCCUCGACAAAUCCCUAAGAAUAUCUGUGAGGAAGGCUAAUAAAGAUAAUUAUAAAAUGUCACAAUAUUUUCAUGGGGAAGGAAUUUUGCUGCCUAAAAUUUGGCAAAAUUUUUUUGAAAAAAAAAGAAAGAAACAGGUAAAGAUUCUGAUAUUGGCAAUGACGAAUGGAUUUAAUUUUCACAUGGGGAAUUCAUCAAUAAAAUCUCUGGGGUAAGCCUAUGACCUGGUGUGAGUAUAAAAGCUGAAAUCAUUUAGCUCUUCCAAUCACACAUGCACAGAUAUUAAAAGCCAAUUUAUUAUCAUUUUUAUUAUGUCAUUGUUGUUUAAUAUUUUUUCCAGGAUUAUGGUACGUUCACCAUACUACCUUGUCUUUGGACUUCUCUCACUAUCAAAUCACCAUGGUGUUGUGUUGAGCCGAGAAGAAGUGGUUCAGUUCUUAAGCCAGCAAGUUGGUAUCAGUUCGCCCAUGAAGCUGAUAACAGUUCCUUCAGCACCAGCAGAUAUUCUUAAAAUGGACAAUGUAAGUUUUCAUUUUUUAUUAUUUAAUAAAAUAAUGUUAGUACUCAAUAAAAUAAUGAUAUUCAUAAUAAUAAUAAAUACUUAAUUAUCCUCUCUCCUUAAGGUGGCUGAACACAGUUUUGGCAGUUUCUGAGUAUAGGUCAUUUGCCAAAUCAUGGCAAGAGAAAGGUUGCAGCUCACAAGCUAAAACUUGGCAAGUGAAAAAUAUACUGAUGAAAGAUUUUGACUGACGGGUAAAAUUUGACUUUUUCGUAGUUUCCAUGGUAACAUGAAGGAUUGACUACAACCUUAAAAUUUCACUUUUACUCAGUUUGCAUAAAAUUCACUCCUUAGAUUUUCCUAUAAACUUGCACGCAGCUUACUAUAAUAAUUACUAUUAUUAAUCAUUACCAUUUGAAACUUAUUUGACCAAAUUUUAACAGACGGGUUUUUAGAUAAUCAAUAAUAUAAUUGUACUGUAAUUAUUAAAUGUGUCACAAAAUUCGUCUGUUCAACUUCCAUUUUAAAGUUCUCAUCAUUAAAAAUACGAUAAAAGUAAAAAAUCUGCCAAAUAUCACAAAAUUUUAAUGAGUAGAUUUUGAGUUAUCGUCAUCUGUGUACCAUUACUUUUUUCGCCGUCAUGUUUGUUUGUCUAAUUUAAAACACGCGCUACCGCUGACCGCCCGCAAAACUGUGUUCAGCCACCUUAAAGGGCUUUUCAGGGAUAAUGAAACAAAUCAGUUUAAAUGGAACAUAACAAAGUUAAGAAUCUCAACUGGUAGGAAACGAACCAGUUGGCUAUGUUACAAGCAUGGCCGAGGAUUUGAACUCAGAAAUACCAAGAACAAAUCCAGCUAGCGGUCAAAGCAGGACUUGAACUCAUGGCCUCUGGAUUACAAGUCCAUCACCCUAACUGCUGGGCCACAAAAAAAUUAGUGGGAGAACUGUAUGGGCCUCUAUAAUGAUGAGCCAAAGGCCAUGGUACCUCAAGCUCUACUAUUAUAGUUCUCUGGGAAACUGCCCACCUACCCCUCCCCUAACUCAAAGUUAACAUUUGCAUCUCACUUGGAGCAAAAUUUUGGGUUAGGGGAGGGGUAGGAGGGCAGUUUCCAGAAACCUUAAAUUGAUCUAUAGCAUCUUCAUCCAAGAUGGCCAUAGCCUUAAAUAUGAUUAUAAACCAGGAUGCAAAGAAAGCCAGUUUUAUAGCUUGCCAUUUAGCACAUACUAGCCCAAGAGUCUUUUUUAAGUAGCCCGAAAAAAGUUUUGAUGAGCAGGAGUGGACACAGUUCUUCUGCAAUUUUUUUUAUUUUUUAUUACCCAAAAAUCUUCUCUUGCCUGUCUGGCAAUUUAAGAACAGAAUUUACUAGCCCAAUUGCAAAAUCCACUAGACCUCAGGCUAAUUGGACAGGACUUUCUUUGCUCGGGGGGGUACUUGGGUUUAUGUUUGCUAGGUAUGUGCCGCUGGCCUCUCAGAGCCCCUACCCCAUUAUAGCCUAUUUUUUGGCCAAUUAUAGACCCCAUCUUAGUCACUUUUUGGAAAAUGUAAUUUUCGCGAUCCCAGCUUAGUCACUUUCUAUUUAUGCAUCUACCUUAUCAAUGUGGUUUCAAGCAGCGGAAUGUAAUGCGAUCAAUGCGAGCUUAUUGUUAAAUUUAAUAAACAACAACAUUCUGAUUUUUUAACUGAGAAUCUUCCCACUUUGAAUCCCUACUGACCCCAAAAACCCGACAAUUUGCGACCCCAUUCUAGUAACCCUAUUGAAAAUGCGACCCCAUUAUAGUUAAUCCAGUCGUGAUUAAUCCAUCCAGGGGCACAUCCCUAUUAGCCUCUUGUAAGGGAGUAACCUCCCCGGUUUCUUUGCACAGUAAUUCAAACAAGCUGUCAAACAAUUUCUUGCAGGCAUUUAUCAAGCAAGCUUAUAAAUUUGGUGUGAUUUACAUGAAGGAAAAUCAGCAAACCGAGGAAGAACUGUUUGGAAAUGAAAAUCACAGUAGAGCUUUUGAUGAUUUUCUUGAUCUCCUGGGACAAAGGGUCAGGCUGCGAGGCUUUGAUAAAUAUCGUGCCGGACUGGAUAGCAACAACGACUUAACAGGAACCCACUCUGUUUACACUAAGUUUGCAAACAAUGAAAUCAUGUUCCACGUAUCAACACUUCUUCCAUUUGAGGAAUGUGAUUCUCAAAAGGUGAGUAUUGUUACAUUGAAUUCCAGGGGCGGAUCCAGGAAUUUUUUUUAGGAGGGGUGCACUUGUCUCUUGCUCUACUUCAACACCAAUAAACCACAUAGUUUUUUUUUUUCUGCAGAAUACCAGUUGUAUUAGAAAACCGCAGGUCAUCUCCGGGGGUGCACACCCCCUGCACCCUCCCCCUAGAUCCACCCCUGAAUUCUCAACCUUGAUUAUAGAGAGGAAGGCUCACAUCUAUUGGAAAAUGUUUUAUGCCAGCCAUGUAUUUUAAAAAGUGUCAAAAAUUUAUUCUCAUUUCAGCUUCAAAGAAAGAGGCACAUUGGUAAUGACAUUGUGUGCGUCAUCUUCAUGGAAGCGACAAACACCAAGUUUGUGCCCGACUGCAUAAAAUCUAGCUUCCUUCACAGCUUUAUUAUUGUGCAAGUUGAUGUGGAAAGCAAUCCCAAUCUUUAUACGGUAAGUUGUUUAGUUUUCUCUGGAAUUCUACAAAAUGUUACUUUUCCUUGCAGAAUUACUGCGUGGCACAAAUAGUAAGGUUGUGAGCACAAAUUACAAGUAGUUCAUUAAAACUUGGACUCUGGAAAUUGGGAGACAGGAGAUUUUUUUGUUCCAACCUCCUUCAUGAUCCCACCCAACCCUUCCUUCCAUCUCCUGCCUUGUCCGUCUGGCUAAUUUUAUCCAGUCUUCUAAAUUUGCAAAAAUUUUCACCUGGCUAUUUUGACAGGUCUCAGUGGUGUCAAGAGAUAGUGUGAUGUUCUAUGGUCCAGCUCUAAGUGAAAGGCAUGUGUUUGAAAAGGUAGGUGUUUGAUGACGUCACUGAAAGUCAAGACAAAGUUAGAAGUAAUGAAUAUAUGAAAAUCAUAUAUGUUAACUGUGGGAUGAAGAAUUAUAUGAAAGUAGAUCAUUGUACGAGCCUGAAUUUUUUUCAGGCUUUCUUUUCGCAACUGCAAAAGUUGUGCCUAUAACUGCAAUGAUCUACUUUCUAUAACAAAUUUAGAAUUUGCAUAUUAUUGUAAAAUUGGCAAUCCAAUCUCCACAUCACAUACAGUCAGCAUCAGAACAGUUUAAAGGCUUGUGCAUAUUGACUCUCAGACCGCCCCACCAGGGGCUGAUCCAGAAAAUUCAAGAACGGGUGGCCAGAACACUUAAAGCUCUAUUCUAGAUACUUUUAUUUUUCUGAGACGGAAUUCUAUGAAAACAGUACAAAAAUUAAAGGAAAAUAGGUAGGGGCCAUGGCUCCCUCGACGCACACCUAAAUCCACCCAUGCUAACAGAUUGGGUCAUACAUCUUGUAGUGGAAAGCAAACAGAACCUCAAAAGCUUUCAUUUGUAAAUGGGUGGUCACUAUAUCCGGCAGUACAGUGGCUCAGUUACUAGAAUUUGGCUGGGGUAAAUGGUGAAGGAGUUAAUUAAAGAAUGCAAAGAAGGGUUAGGGGAGAGAUCGUGCUCCCUUUCCCUUAGCCGUGGUCAAAUUAAUAGGGACCUUAAGAUGCGAGGAAGGUGACGGCAGUGAAAACAUCGCCUAAAAAGUGAAUUCGCGUUCAUUCAAUCUUCAUCACGACAGUUCCAACUAAUUUAUUUUGUCAAAUUUAGGCGAACUCUCUUGGAGUUGAAUUCCUAAAGGCCAUGUCCAAGUUCAGAAAGAGAAAGAAGAUUUUGUAGUGGCUUGUCUAUGUCCUCAAUAAAACGUGAAAUUGGGCAUUUUCAGGUCGUAGGCGUGCUGUGACGGCAAAAAAAAAAGUGUGAUGCGCAUGUAAAGUUGUUGUUUUGCUAAUCUUAACCUAUUGCUUUUUUGACGUUCCCGUUGCUGUCGCCUUCAUUGCAUCUUAAGGUCCCUAAUAUCAUGCCUGGGAAGAGAAGAACAUUGAAGAUACUGAACACAGCAGUGCUACAAAAGUUCAUCAAAACGAUCUUGUAAUCUUGUUGGCUAUGGGAAUAUUACUAAAGUACUACUCACAAGUAUUUAUUUGAAUGUCAACAUUUAUCAGAAAGUUUAUGUAGAGGCUAAAAGGGACAUCAAGAUUGGUCCGACUGUGCAACACUAAUUCUUCUGUGCUUGGAUUCAGGGCAAAGAAUUCAGAGAGUGGAUUCUUAAGAAGCUGAUUCAAGGUGAACAGGCUUGUCACAGGGCAACCGACUUUGCCAAAUUGCAUGUGAGUAUUCCCUCAAAUGCUUUUGUGUAUAGUGUACUAGGUAGUAUGUAGUAUUGAUCUACUUUAGUGAGUGCAUACAUGUAGUAAGUGAAGGUGAUGAUGUCUACAGUCUGUGAAAUGCUGAGAAAAAGUAAACUGAGCAUACCAUGCAUAUCAGGGCUUGAAAUUAAAAAUCUUCAGGUCACCUUUUGGUGACCAACUGGAGAAAUAUAGUCGCCAGAUGUAAAUUUUUAGUCACCAGUUUGUAUAAUGUAAAUGACGCAGCUUAUAGUAUGUGUAAUCUAUCAGAUUUGAUUGUUUGAAAAUAUAGCAGACAAAGGCAGUAUAGAUUUGGAGGUAAACUGGCUUUGUUUAUGCGACUUGGCACAUUUUUAUGAUGGAAGCAAAGCAAGAUAAGAUGAAAUGUUUGUUUAAUUUACUCGUUUAAUUUAAAUCUAAAUCAUAGAGAAAUCUGGUCGCCAAAGUGGCGACUACAGUAAACCAGAAUGUUUAGUCACCAAGGAGAAAAUAUUAGUCGCGCUGGAGAUCGUAUUAGCAUGCUUCAAAACUACAAAAACCGUGGUAAGUAUCUGCCGCAUGGGUGUGUCCUUACCUCAAAGUACACUGUACUUACAUUAUCGAUUGCCUUUCCUUGAGUGACCGCUGUAAAUUAUGAUCUACUUCAGGCUCGCACCAGGUCGCUGAUUAUGGGGGGACUUCUGAAGUCUGUGGAGAUGAAUGUGACAGACGGCAGAAAUGUUUCAGCAAGCUCUUCGAUAAGCACAUUUCAGGAACUCCACAUGACAGUAGGCCAGGUAUCCAGGGAUUUUAGCACAGACAGCAGAGUGAGCCAUAAUAGGGCUGACACAGUUGCAUUCCUUGUUGGUAAGUUAUUUUAACUAUUUAUUCACUCCUUUCCUGAUCUUUUAUUGUUUUUGGUUUUUAUUCUUUCAAUUUUUAUUAUUAACUCAGUUUAUCCUGCCUUGUUGUAGACAGCUUACCUUUUACAAUACCCAUCUUACAAUUUUCUUUGGUUAAGAUAGCAAUGCUGUGAGGUAAAGUGUGCUGACAUACACUUAUUUACUUUUUUGUGAUACAGACAAGAAGUGCUUUAUUGGGGUGAAGUCUUUGAUGUCAGGAAAAAGCAAGUGAGUGAGACAUUUCAAUCUCUUAUCCAAUUUAUUUACACUCAACCAACAUUGUCAUCGACAUUACAAUGGGCUCUUUUUAUGUCCACCCCUGUGAUAUUACAGAUUUGCAGCUAAGGUUAACAUUCGCGUCAUCCAGGCGUGUACUGCCCUGUCUUUGCUGUAGCAGAUCUGUAGCAGUGUGAGAUUUACAGCUACUUCACAUGGGCUACCAGAUGUCUGAAAAAACCUUGCAUCCGGUAGUGGCUACUACCAGACCGCUUUGUUCCGUCGAAACGGUGUAUUGUAGGAUGGGUUGGAACUAGCCAAUAACCAACAGUCGCCCAAGAUAGUUUUCCACCCGCUUAAGAGCUAAUUUGCAGAGACACCGGAGAAAUCAAACCCUGUCCAACUUAAGCUAAUCCAAGUCAAUUUUAUCUUCAACAGAGUUUUUCACGAGAUGUUUUCCCAAGAGCGUGACUCCACCAGCGCCGUCUUACCAGCGUCCAAGACCAGCCUAUCGUUGGCACCCACCAUAUUAAAACGUACCGUUUCUUGGCGUCAUAACCAAGUUGUGCAAACAGGCCUUCGGAGCGGGAAGGUGAACCUGGAAAAACUGCGUCGUAGCAAAUCAAUGAACGAGACCGAAGAUCAUUACAAAAGGAGCGUCACCCUAGAAUCCAUCAGUGAUCUUGAGAACAAGACAAUCGAUGAGAAUUCAAGAGCAUCGUCGCAGCUGCUACCACAAGAGGUACCAUAAUCAUAGCCUGUGUCAGGCUUUCAGUUUUAGACACCUUUAGACUCAGUUGGACUUGAUUGCUGCAUUACCUGUGCAACCGGUUUACACAGGACCGUGCUAUUCUGUUACAUAUUGCAGUACUGCUUGUCGUUCAAGAACUUGCACGGUUCUGGAUCCGUGCAAGUUUUUGUCCCUUCAAGAAUUUGUCCGUACCCGUAUAAACUGGACGUAACGGGGUCUUCUAAAAAGACGAGGCUGUCUACGACAACGAAAUGUAACUAUUACACUAAGUGGUGUACACGCGUGAACCAAUGUCAUUUUGGCGGGAAAAUGUGAUAGCCGUCGUCAUUCUUCUCAGGUUUUAGCGAGAAGCUCCGAGAAAGUCGUAGUGGCGGAAACAAGUUAUCAAAUGAUGAGAUGGCUUAACCACCUUAACUAAAAUAAACUUGAUAACUUUUCUGGUGAAAAAUUAAAGGAAGCUUUCCGGGGUUUGUCUUUUUUGAAUACACGUUAGUUUUUUAUAACUGCUAGUUAGUGAUUGGCUAUAAAAUCCCGCGCCACUUUUUUGACAAAUCACCAAGAGAGCCAAAACCUCUCUAGCCUCGUUUCCAGUGUUUUUACUCUGGCUGCCAAUUGCUUUUUUCUCCCUCCUUCUCUGAAAGGAAAACUGAAAGUAACUCAUAAGAGGUUUCUUCUCGCCAGGUUAUUAUUGUGAAUCAAUUUGAAAGCGAUGUAUUUGAGACGUUACUGGAGUUUCUGCACUGUGGAACAUGUGACCCAGAGUCCAGUCUCCUUCCCGUACUACUUUCCGCAGCCCAGUAUUACGAAGUGGAGGACUUGUACCAAGUCUGUGUUGAGAACAUAAAGAGAGAUUGAUGGCCAAAAUUAAUGCUGUAGGUGAUUCAGAAUUCCCUACCUUAUACUUAAACUAGUGAAAUUUCCAUUCUUUCAUAUACCUGGAGCCUGAAAAAAGUACCCCUUUCGGGCGGAGCCUCCCUGUAUAGGUCACUAUAGUGAGAACUACAUGUAGAGCCAAGCCCCUGGUUUUUCACGUGGUAGUCGUGCAACGGACGGCAAUAAAAUUUACCAAAAAAAGUGAUUUACGUGCAGAGUUGUUGUUUUGCUCCUUUCACCCAGUUUCAAGAUGUUGCCUUAACUUUUGUCUACGUAGUUGGCCAAGUUCCCUGUCGUGUUGAAUCAAUUUGCAGGUAGCGAAUAUACAAGUAUCUUUCCAAGCAUAUUCAAUCGCAAGUGAAACGUAGACCCUUGACGAAAGCUACUCUAUCUACAACUCACUGUAAAAUCAGUUCAUUGUUUUUGGUUAUCAUCCGUCGUUCUUUGUUUGUUUUUGUUUACUUUUUCAGGUAGAAUCGUCACAUAACUGAGCAAAUCCUCUUUAACAGUGAACUUUUCAAGAGAAUGCACUGUUAACAUUGCGUUGAUGGACGUUGCUGAAGUUCUAAACCAAUCAAAGCCCCGUAUUUGGUGCAGGUGACCAAAAUGAGCCAAUAAGGAGGAUGGAUGUACCUUUAAGCUGACUUGCUUGUCAACAGUUGCACGAGGAGUAUUGUGAUACAUUAACAAAAGACGAUGUGAACAUCGAAAGGAGCGUACAGUAAAAAUCCUACGUGGAAAAUCUUGAUUUCAAGGAUAUCCCCCAAAAUUCCUUAUUUAUUUUGAAGCUCUUGUCUCUUGAUUUAAGGGUAUGCUUAAAGGUUUCUUAUUUAUUUGAUGUCAACGGAAAAUGGAAACUUUCUCUUUCCUGAAUUGUCGUCUUAUUUUAUUUUGAAAGAAGUAAGACUUUUGAAGCGCUUGUUCCUCUGCAUAUUUAUUAGAACCUUCGCCAACUUUGUCCCAAUAUUUGUUGACCAUUUGAAGAGUGAAAAACAAAUGCAUAUUAGUGGCAAUUCUGUGGUUUGUUCUACCUUGUAGUCUACGCCAACCUAAUUUCCCCAGUUUCAAGUAACUAGGUGAUUUCCUUAUUCAGAUUUAAAUUCCUAGCGGCGCUUUGUGAAUCUAACGUAACCUCUAUCCAAAGGCUAUACAGGUGCAAGGCUAACAAUAGCCUGCGAGUACAGAGAGCCUGCUCGCAGGCAAGGCUACCUGAAGUGGCAAAUUGUUUCCCUUGACUAUUAGAAGUAAAUUUAACAGACGGGCCGGAAAAUAUUUUGAUAAGUAAUAUAAUACUUGUUCAUUGAAGAAUUAUUAUUAUUAUAAUGUAUAUAGAAACAUUAUACAACAAAACAAAUAGCUGUUAUAUCUACAUGGAAGUGUCUUGGUUAUUGAUAAAAUAAAAAUGGUAUAGACCACCCUUAAGUUUUUAAUCUCGGCUAAGAAGAAUAAAAAACAAUUUCAGCCAAGAAGCGGGGUGUAUUCUACGUAAAGCGCUUUAUCAAAGAGUGCUUAUUUUAAACCUUUUCUUCUAGCGAACUACUCUUUUUUCGCCUAAAUCUUUAUGUGGGUUGAAACUCUGUCAGCGCAUUAGAAUCGUUUUGUACCCAAGUCAAUUCGUGCCACGUUUCGCACAUGUGUAGGCUGUAACAUCUGUUUCGUAGCUUAAAGAACGAUGUAUUUUACAUUCAUGGUGCCCUGGUGGCUUGCUAAGAUGUCCUGCUCGAUAAAAAAUACUAUGUAAUCUACAGGAAAGUGUAUGAAAUGGGCUAAUAAAGAAGUAAAGCACUAUUUGGCCUUGUAGCUUAAAGAACGAAGUAUAUUACUUGUGAAGCGCGCUUUUAAUAUUAUUAAGUUGUUUUACUCUCUUAAAUUUGGUACAAAUCGACUUGGGUCCGUAUGAAUCGACCGGUUACCCUGUCAUCACAUAUAGGAGUAAGAUAAAAGUGGAGCGGACAAACAAGAUAAGACAAUUUUAUCCGGCUGUGUAGUCAACAAUGGAAAAAUUAUAGCUUUUGGAGCUGAAGUUCCCUGAACUGUGACGUGACAUGACUAUUAUUCUCUCUUGGCAGUGAACAGGAGCUACCCGAGUGAAGUAGUUCCCCGACCCACCCCAUACCAGACGCCCCCCACCCCACCCCUCUCCAGCUGUAUUGCUACCUGAACUUUGUUGGCCUACAUGUAGAAUGUGCAGGGUCUUCCACUGGAGGCUGACAAGCCAGCCCCUUGGAUCAAUUUCCUAAUCUGAUUGCUGUUUGUCCCCGCAACCCUUUGUUUGAGCAUUCAUCAACAAACACCUCGUGGUUAGGGGUAGCCUGCGAUCAUGCCCUCCCCCUUUUUUCCCUCUCGAGCCAAAGAAGCAAAGAAGCAAAAAAAAAAUUACGCCUGAUCUCAGGUUAGGUUAGGGGUGGGGAACGGUACGGGGAGGCAGAGCCCCAACACCACCAAUUAAUUCAAAACCUAUUAAACUAGACGUAAACAGGAACCUUAAUCGGCUCCUGAUGUAAAACAGGACAAAAGCUUGUCCCAGAUGGAAGUUCAGGUGCAAGUGGGAACGUAGCCUGCGAGAAAAUCCGGUUUUUUCGGCCCAAGUUUCUAUUUUCACCCCAGGUUUUUCUUGGCGGGUGAAAGUAAAAACUUGAGCCGAAAAAACCGGAUGCUCUCGCAGGUUAGUGGGAACGGCGCAAGUGAGAAGAAAUCAAAAGCAUUCUCACGCGAAAACAACGUGACUACACGCGAGUACAAGCGCGAAAUUCGUGAAAAUAAAUCCUCGUAUUGCAUUAUGGGAGCUUAUUACAGAACAUGCGCAAAUAGACUCAGAAAUCUUUAUGUUUCACGAUUCUUCACAGCUGGGACUUCUUCGCCAAGUUAUGUUAGAUCUUUUUACUAUAUUUUCUAAAGGAGGCAUAGUUCUCUGGUGUUUUCAGGGAACAUGCCAGUCCUUUACUCUUCCUGUUAAUGAAUUAAUACGUAGUGUAAUUUUACAGGUAGGUUUCCAAGGAUAUGAUAUGAUAUGAUGAGUUUAUUUGAGAGUCUCUUUCUUGAAUCAUCUUAAACCUUUUAAAAGCUUAUUAAUUCCUCCUCUUUUUGUUAUAACAGGAACGCGGAGGAAAUAAUUCCUUCACUCAUGGAUCGCUCACCUUGAAAUAUAAACUCGACAAUGAGUUCGAAUUGGUGUUUGUGGUAAGAAACUUAAUUUUCUAUUUAUAGAAGUCUGUGGUGUUGUAACGGUAGAAAAUGGCUUCAGUGUUACGAAAACAUCACAGAUGAAAAGUGGUAAAUAAUUUCAAGUUCUACAGACUGUUCAAAAUGAAAUUCAACUGGAAAUGGUUUUAAUUUUCUCUGUUAUUUAUUAUCUACAAUUUUGUGAAUGAGGUCAUAAAUUUCUUUUGUCUCCAAUUUACCCCAAUUAUUCAGAAUUAUGAAUAAUUACGAGGCAUAGGAAAUUAUUAAUUCUAGACUCCAAGCAGUCUCUUUAUGUCUUAAUCCAUUGAGCGGCUCGCACAAGACAUUAACAGCUAUAUUUACGUGUCAUAAUUCCGAAGUAUUAUGUAAUUAAUGACCCGCCUUGUAAUUCAGUUUAUGCUGCAAAAAGGUUGAACAAACGAUCAUUAUUAUUAUAAUUAUUAUUAUUAUAUGUAAAUGACCAUGACUGAAAGUGCGAGACUGCCACACUCAUUUCUCGAGUCUCAAUGAUCGCUCAUGCAUGCACUUCCCUCACUAAAUAUAAAGCUAAAGAGAGGCUGCUUGCAGUCUAGGGUGAAACCAUUUCAACUUGAACUUUGUUUGAAAAACAAUGACUUCAUGGUAAGACUAAAGGAAACAUAUUGCCGUGAAGUUUCACAGUGAGUGAUGAGGCUUGUAUAAAAUAAAGAUCAUUUUGCAAUAACUGAGCGAUUUCUCAUGCGCUGAUUGGUCAAGAACUGUGGUCAAUAAGAGAACAUGUGCAGACCGUGGAAAUGACAUGGUGAUGGCACAAUAUUUACUCUCUUUUUUUGCACUGGCAAGAUAGGCUCAUCUGGCCUACUCAGGUAGCCAAUCAAAGACAUCAGGGCUGUCACCAAGAGCCGGGGUUUAGGGAUUUCCCCGGCUAAUAUGAGCCUGACCCUCCGGUGCUAUCAGAGGAAAAUAGAAGAAAAAUAGAACCAAAAGAAAUCCCUAGCUGUUUCAUUCCCUGCCUACUUGUUGUUUUUACCCCGCAACUUGAAAUCUUAGUGACAGCCCUGCACAGGUUUCGCUUCAUCUUACCCACUUAUGGAUACAACCAUGUAUUUAAAAAGAGAUUAUUACAUUUUAUACCUGGUACUUUUCCCUUUUAAGCACUGAAAUAGAAUGUACUUUCUUUUCAAUGAACCACUUCACUAAUUCUUUACUCAAAUAAGCACCGUAGCCUUCAUAUAAUCUUAAUCAAAAGAUGUUAAUCCUGUUGAUAAUACAGAAAAUAAUAAUAACGCAGAUGAUUCAAUUUUUUCUCACAUCCAACUUUCAAAUAAACACUGCCCUCCAAUAAGCGCUGCAUUUGAGGCCUGAAAAGUUUUAAUACGGUGCUCAAAAGUGGUCCCUGUGUUCUUAGGUCAUUUUACAUGUUGUUUUCUUAGGUUGCGUUUCAAAAAACACUGCAACUGUCAUAUGUAGACAAACUCUUGAACGACAUUCAGCUAGAGUUCCGAGACAAAUACAAAGAUGAGCUGGAGGCGGGUGUGAUAAGAAACUAUGAAUUUAAUGAAGAUUUCAACCGGCUACUAAGAGAAGCAGAAUUGAGAAGUAAAUUAGAGGCCCAAGCCCCCAAAAAGAUGAAAACCUUUGAAGAAUCUAGGAAGUCGCAGAAGACAGUGGCUUCACUCAAAAUUGACAAGAACGAGAAAAACAAAGAGGGUGGCAAGAAUGCAAAGAAAGGUGGAGGAAAGAACAAGGAGCAACAAGUUGUGGAAGAAGGUAAUGGUUACUUUACAUUACAUUACGUUAGCUCUUAAUGCACCAAUUACUAUGAUUGACGCCAUAGUUUCUCUGUGUGAUUUCCAGAUCCCUUUCAACUCCUGCUUCAGUUCUCGGUACUUCGCAAUAUUUUCUUUCUCUUUGUAUUUCACUCAAUGUCAAAUGGAUUAUGACUAUCAUUUUUCAUUUAUAAAUUUAUUUUUUAUACUAAAUAGCUGAAUUGAAGCCCUCCAGUGACAAAACUCCUUCUGUGGAUGCACAAGAUGGCAUGUCCAAAGAAGAUCUUAUAAGGAUGAAUAUUGAAAAAAUGAAGAAAAGAGGAGCUCCUAAACCUCAGAAAACUCAAACAAGCAGGUAACCUGUUAAACCACUUAAUAAUAAUACUCAAAUACAGGGCCUAAAUGUUAUGGUACAUUGUAGUUCUAGUCACCAGAAAUGACCACAAUUUAGCACUGAUGACAAAAUCCCCAUAUGCAUCACCAUAAUUUGAACCAGUCUUCACUUUGGUCCACCAUCCUACACAUGUACCACUUUUUCUUAAGUGAUUGAGGUGUAAUAAUGCUAUGUCAACCUUAAUUUCCAGCAAAGGUUCCCCAGUAGCCAAGAAGAAAGGGAAGGAGGCAAGAACUUGGGACAAUAGUGGCACUGCUAAAGAUGGAAAAGUUCUGGAUUACAGUAGCGCCAACGGCAAACAGUCAAAUAGACAUGAUGAAGAAGAUGACAUUGAGAACUUGGUACAGUGAAGCUAGAAUCAAUUAUUCUGACGACUUUUUGAGUUGUGGACAACAAAGUGGCUUAUCAGUACAGUCGACUCUCUCUUAACGGACACCUCUAUAAGACGGACACCUCUGUAAAACAGACACUUAGAAUUGGUCCCUGCCUUUCUUUACUCCCUUAGUUUGACUCUCUAUGAGAUGAACACCUCUCUAAGAUGGACACUUAGUGCCGGUCCCAAAGGUGUCCGUCUUAGAAACAGUUGACUAUAGUAUGAUAUUUUGCCUGCCUCCUACCCAGACGCUUUCAAGCGAAUUUAUAAUCAAGAGCGACUGGAACGAUUUUGGUUCCAUGCAAAGGAUUAGUUUUCUUGCCCACCCAUCCCAGUGUCCUUUGUGUCAACACUUAGCAUUCCAAUUGUCCAUAGCAAGAUACUCCUUGAUCUUCAGCAAACACUAUUUUUAAGACACCUAGGAAUGAGGCAGAUAUUUUACACUGUUGCUCAAUAUAUCAAACUACUUUUUUCCACUUUUGUUGGUUUUGUGGCUCUUGCUAAAAAAAGAAAUCAUUAAAUUGGUCAAGAACAGAGGCUUCUUAUUACACUCUGUACACCACUGGAAUCAUUGUUGAUUCUGUUUACCCUGCAGCUUGGUUUUAAUACAGAAGUGUAUAGUAUUAUUAUUUUAGUUUCACUUGAAACUCCUGGCUAUGGUUGUUUGAAUAGAACAUAGCUUUAUCCACUAGGUAAAUCACUAUGCAGUGGAUAAGUAUUAGGAAAACCAAUAUUGCAUUAACCACUGGAUAAUGAUUUUUCCAGUAGAUAGCAUUAUCCAUCUUUUGAACAACUGGAGCCUGGUUAUGGGACAAGAAAAUCUUAGAAAGAAAUAAAAUUCCAAAUAGAAAUGAGGCAACCACAUAGUUUUCAGAGAACAUCAGGAUACAAUUUUGUGAAAAUUUAGCAUUUAUGGCAUGCUUUCUAGCAGUUUCCCUGCUAUGAAGCUGUCACCAGAAGAUGUUGGGCUCCAUGAGCUGGUAAAGAGAGCUGAUAUCAUGUUACUUGGCAUUUUUUUUCCCCCACAGCGCACCAUGGUUGGCACAAUGCAGGGUGAAAUCAAGCCAAUGGAUUACGAAUCUGAGUCAGAGCGGGAAGAAGAGGAAGAGGAAGAGAAUACUGCUGGGUCAGCUGCGACUCAGUAAGGAGAAAAUUAAGUAAUAUGUAGAGCAAAGUAUAGUUCAUACUUUUCUUUAAAGGUCUCCCAUGUAAGUUUCUUCAAUCCCUUCAUCCUUUCAAUCCUGAAUCUCACCAUCAUUUUGCUUUAAAAUCCCAAAUCACUGCUGUAAAGUAAAGCAAAUCGUUGGUCCGUAAAGCCUAUUGGGGGCCCUCGUCUUUUUUCACUUCUUGGGUUUUGUUUCAAGUUUGUUAGAUUAUGUAGCUCAACAAGCAAAGGAUAAGUUGACUUUUUCCUUUGUAAAGGCUUUCUUAGAAUUUGUUCUUGAAAUGGUGAUAACACACACACAUCUGACGUAUGUAGUCUGGAUUAUUAUAAGAAUAAUAUCAACGUGAUGGUGAAUUCUACUUCUCAUUCUUUAGGAACAAGUCUUCAGGCCUUGGAGGGGGAUUGUUCUCAUUCUUUAAAGGAUUAGCUGGACAGAAGACCCUUACUCUUGAUGACAUCACACCAGUCUUAGACAAGAUGAAGGAACAUCUCAUUGGUAAUACUAAAUACAUUAUUUUAUUAUACAAUCCAACCUUCACUAACAGCAACCUCUCCACAAUGGCCAAUUUUUUUUGGAGGAUAGUCCAUACAUUGACUCUUGUUGAACGCUCUCUACAAUGGCCACCUGUCUACAAUGGCCACUUUCUUCUGUCCCCAAGGAGGCCAUUGUGGAGAGGUACUGUAUAACCACCAUUAUACUACUACAUGAGAAAUUUCUGCAAUUUGAUUGGCUUAGAGCAGUGGUAUUUCAACUUAAUUUGAAAUACGUACAUGUGAAAAUUACAAACCUUUUGCGGGUAGUAGUAUAAACAAAUAAUAAUAGCAUGAUUUGUACGUGAUAUUUGGCAUAAAUACCACUCGUGAUAUUUCAAAAUUGUCUCUAAUUUCACUCGCCUAAUGGCUCAUGAAAUUUCGUAUAACAAUUUCGAAAUAUCACUCGUGGUAUUACCUAUACUUAUUGAUUAACAUACCAGGUGAGAUUUCACACAAAAACAUGAUAUCUUCACACCUAAAAAAAACAUGUUAUUGUUACACGUGAAAUGAUCACUGCUGCUAUGGCUACAUGAUAAAUUGUACCUUUUGGAACAGAAAUGAUAUUGAAGUGAAAUGUUUUGGUAUUUCAUUGGUGUUUAUAAUAAUAAACUAGUAGUAAUCAUAGAUCAAUAAGCGCGUUCGAGUUUUCUUAGCUCCAGAUUAGCUUUUGUGUCGUCAAGCAUGAUUUCAAAAUCAUGGAAGAGAUCAUGAAUUAAAAGGUAGACAUUCUUUUCGUAAAAAAUGUUCUUCGCGUAUACGGCUUCAAAAUAUCUCACUCAUUAACUCUCUACUCUUAAAAUGUCUUACUCUCCCUCAAGCAUGGUCGAUAAAAAUGUAAAGUAGAUCGUAAAAAGUUCUUUGUUGUUAAAAAGAUAAACAUGUCACUACAAACUUCGAAAAAAUGGUAGCCUUGAAGGUUAAAAGUCUUGGCUUCUUGCGUGACACAACUUGAAGUGAAAACAAUGAUCAUAGGAGCGACGGAAACAUAUUAGGUUUCUGCUAGAUUACUGAUCUCAGAGAACCGGACAGAAUCUUUUGCCAUGCAAACUUUUCAUCUCAUGAUUAUUUUAAGUUCAAGGUCAGUUCAACAUGUUUUAAACUUGCUUUUCAGCGAGCGAGAUACUUAUCAUGCAAAAUUAUCCGCGUAGAGAUAUCAGACGUGAAUAAAGCAUUACAGUUGUAACAACCUGCACUGAUACGCUCAAGCUUACUUUUUCGUGCAUGAAAGAGGUUAAACUACAAAUAAGUAAAUAGACUCAAACGCACGGGUAAACUUCUCCAAAUGUUACCUGGUCUUUAUUUGUGUGUUUCUACGAAGUUCCAGCUCGAUUGAACGGCAUUGACCAAAAAGUUUAGCAGAAUCAUCAGCUCAGUGAUAAAACCCGCUUAGAAAACAACUCCAACGUUCAUUCUUUUGCCGAACUCAAAUAUUCCCGUGUAAUGUAGUUGACCUUGAUGGAACCAGUGAUGCACGUGAUUGCCAUAUGACAAUUGCUUAUGACGUAAAUAAAGCUUGAACCACGAGGCAGAAUGCUUUGCGCAACGAAAUUGUGACGUCAUUCAAAAUGGCGCCGAAAAGGUGAACCAUGGAACGAAAAAACACGGUCAGCUUUCGCUUGCGUGCACAGGGAACCUACGCGAUAACAGGCAACCCAGGAGAUUAGGAAGCGUUCUUCCUUCGUCGAACGCAAUGAAACAUUGCAUGGCUGCUUGGAGAUAUGAAAUCUCUUUGCGUGUUGAAAAAUAUUUCAGCACUGAAAGAGAAAUUUCAUGUCUCAGCACAGCCAUGUAAUAUCCUCUAUAUGUUGUUUGUCUUUAUGAUAUUUUACAUGUAUAUUAGAAAUGUUAUGUUUAUUGUUUCAGGGUUGUCAAAACUCUGACACCCUAUUUUUUAGAUAUAUAGGUGUAUAUUUAAUUUCUGCUUAUUCCUCCUUGCCCCUUGCUUCACAGCCAAGAAUGUUGCAGCAGACAUUUCCGAGAAGUUGUGUGAUUCAGUGGCUACCAAACUGGAAGGCAAAGUCCUGGGGACAUUUAGUGGUAAGGCAACAAUGAUCAACAUCUUAUUUCUCCUUUCAAAACAGUGAAACAUAAAGAGCACAUGAACAUGGAGUUUUAUCACACUUCAAACAGUUUGUGUUUCCCAACUACUAUAUUAAUUUUACUGGUCCUAGAUUGAACACUGCCCUUAAAUAAAUGUUGCCAUUGCUUCGACACCUUAGAAAGAAUCAAGAUUACUAAUAAACGCUGCACCCAAAUUCUUCUUUUUCUCUAUGAAUUGAAAGUAUCUGGGGAUCACAUUCAUAGUAGCUGGGCGAUAUGCCCGGUCCCUGUUCCUUAAUGAGAUUCCUGCCGCAUGGAUGAAUGACGGCGAUGGUUACGAAAACGUCACGUAUAAAGUGAAUACGCGCUGUUUCAAACUCUAUCGCGCAUAUUCCAUCUAGUUCAGUUCUAAAAAUGUUGGCAAAAUUUUCCGGAGUUGAAUUUUCAAAACUGUAUCAAAGUUCAAGAAGAAAAAGAAAAAUGUUACCUUGUGUUCACUUUCUUCACAAAACAUGAAAUUAGAAAGUUUCUUGUUGUAGUCGUGCAGUGACGGCAAAGAAAUGUCAAAAAGCGUGAUGCACGUGCAAAGACUUUGUUGUUUUGCUAGUCAAACCCAUUGUACGAGAGAUUUACCAACCCUACCCCUCACGGUUUUGUGACGUUGAUCAGCACUACCAAAUUAGGGCUAGGGCUACCAAAUAAGGUAAUGAGCACGUGCGUGCUGAGUAAGCUAGAACGGGACGAGACAUAAAAAAGGGAUAGUGAGCGCGAGUUUUCCUUCGAGGUUUUUUCAUCGAGUUUCGUGAGAGUUUUGUGAGUUAGAUUGAACCGGAAUAAACCAGAAAACCGUGUUAUUGUGAGUUCUAUGGGCUGUUCUAUUGUUCAGCUCACCAUUGCUUUUUGCCAUUGUCAUUGCCGUCGCCAUUGAUGUUGCUUACCAGUAAGCUCCCUGUUAUUGCGAUGAAAAAGACGCACUGUAUCUAUAUUUCUAACCAACUGUUAUGGAUUUGUACUUGCUUGCCAAAGGAAUCACUUCAACAGUCAAAGCAAGCUUGGAGGAGUCCUUGGUGCAGAUUCUAUCACCACGUCGAAGGAUUGAUAUUCUACGUGAUGUAAUGGAUGCUAAGAAGCGCGGUAAACCUUACUCCAUCACCUUCUGUGGAGUCAAUGGUGUUGGAAAAUCAACCAAUCUGGCCAAGGUAAUGCAUCAAUUUGAGGUUUUUACCCCUCUGGCUCUAAGUCACAAUUUUGCCCUAAGUGAGAAGAAAGUGUUAAUGUUGACUUAAGGGAGGGGCAGGUGGGCAGUUACCCAGAAACCUCAAUUCCAAUUCAUUCAGGGAGUUUGCCGGGGGGGUGGAGGGGUAGGGUCAAAAACACCAGUUAUGUCCUCGUCUACCAGAGGGUAAAAUACUCAAACAGAUGAUCCUUUAUGCUAGACACUGCAUCAGCUUUAUGCAGAGAAUUUUCCAUGAAACUGGCAGAAGGGCUCAGUGCGAAAACGUCAACUUUUUGGCAUGACAUUUCUGUUAUUGUGAAUAAGCACACAUGGAUAUUUCAGUCAUUGCAGACCAGUAUGCAGGAUGUUUGGCACAAAUACUUUAAUGGUUCUUCCAAGCCGCCUGUGUCACCGAAAAAAUAUAUAUAUCUUUCUCAAAAUAAUUUGUUGCUGUUGUUUAGAUUUGUUUCUGGCUUCUUGACAAUGGCUUCCGCGUGAUGAUCGCAGCCUGUGAUACGUUUCGUGCAGGAGCUGUGGAACAGCUGAGGACUCACGUGCGUCACCUGAAUGCACUGCAUCCUCCUGCCAGUGGCAGCGGACCAGCAUCCGUACUGCUGUAUGAGAAAGGAUAUGGUAAAGACGCGGCCGCUAUCGCUAUGGAUGCUAUUAAUUUUGGUGAGUUAUUGUUAAGUUAUCCUGCAAAAAUAGCAGUCUGUCCUCUCUCCCCGCCGCUGGGGACGUUUCUCAGGAGGGACUCUACUGGCGAAACAUCCCACGUGGCAAGGAGAUAGGAGACAUGGUUGUUUUCACAGUCUAUGAUUAAGUAGACUGCGAACAAACUCUCUGUUUGGGCGAGGGGGCUAAAAAUCGCGAAGAGAUGACGACGGAAAAAAUGGAAGAGGGGAAGUUAAGGUGCUAGCCCUCGCUCAACAUUUUUCUUCCUCUCUCCCCGCUUAGGAGCCUGGUCUUAGGCCAGCUAGUUCUGAUUGACUCUUUUCACUGCCUUCGCGUAUGACGAUUGGUGAGAUUAAUUGGUAGAGCGCUGCACCGGUAUCGCAAAAGUCAAGGGUGUGAAUCCCUUACGAGCCUAAAUUUUAACAGGCUUUCUUUUCUCAACUGCAAAAGUUGCGUCUGUAAAUGCGAUGAUCCUCUUUCGUUUAAUUCUUCUGCCCGCAGUUUCUACAUAUGAUUUUCUGAUGUUCAUUAUUUUAUUGAUUAGAGUUUAGCUUAUUAAGACAAUUAAUCAGGGAUGACUACUGUUGAUGAUCUUUGUUUUUGCUCUUUCUUCAGCAAGGGAGCAGCGCAUUGAUGUUGUUUUGGUCGACACUGCUGGACGAAUGCAGGACAAUGAACCACUCAUGAGAGCCUUAUCCAAGGUAAGUUAGUCCACCAUUUCGAUUUUUAACUUAACUUAACGUCAAUAACUGCCUUCCAUUACUUACGUUAGGUCAUUCACAUACAGUCAGCCGUGCCCCCUGGUGAAUUAGCCCCCUACAAGUUCGCCCCCUACUUUCUUAGUUCACCAUGGAAUGGUAUAACUCCAAACUCUAGUAGGGAAAAUCGAAAUGGUUGAUUGAUUGUGGUGUUAACUUUUUACAAGGUUAUUUCGCUAUGUGCUAAUAUGAAUUAAACUUGAUUUCUUACGUGCCGAAACCACUGGCUUCCAGUCAGUGAUAGUCAGCCCUUCAUGUACAUUUAUAACAAGUUCCUGGCUUGUUUUCCGAACAGUUUUUUUUUUUUUUACAUCGCGGUAAAGGAAUAUUCCUUGCAUAGAAAGCCACGAAAACAAUCAGCAAAGUGGCGAGAAAAGUAGCCUGCGUAGCAUGGCGGUUUUGGUUGGGCACGCUAAGUAAUAAAGGUGGGCGAGGGCACCCGGCUCGACAAAACCGCCAUGCUACGCAAGCUACGAGAAAAGUGGAGUGAGAUAGAAGUAGUCCUUUUGGAUAAGAAUCCUUUACCUAGCCUGAGAAAACAGCCGACAUUCGCAACGCCAAUUAUGACGUCUGAGAGACGAGCGCAGAAAUUCCAUACUGAUGACGUUCACCACCAGGAUCUGAGUCGUGCGUCUGAUUGGUUUGGCAAAUUUGACGCGCGGCGCGUGGUACGCGUGGUGCAGUCAGAGGCUUUACUACCCAGAUCUGGGUAGUGACAGGUCAUCAGUAUGGAAUUUCUACGCUCGUUUCUCAGACGUCAUUACGCGUGGAAACUAGUGGUGGCGUCGCCAAAUGUCGGCUGUUUUGUCAGGCUAUCCUUCACAGCGCUCAAAGAAGUCGCGCUCACCCCGCUCAACCAAACCACCCACUAUGAAGCUGACCAGUUACUAGCAAACCCGGGAGGGUACCCCUGAGAGUUCUUGGUAGGGGAGUGCCGCGCGGUUCUCCAAAUCCUGAGCCCAUUCAGACCCAAUAAUGUCAUUUUUCACACGCGUUUUCAGACUCUAAAAUCCAUACCCGUUUUCAGACAUGGUCUCUAAGAAAUUAUGUCAUUAUUACUUAGAUUAAACCAGCAACAAAAAUGAUUUCUUAAAAUCCAUGUCGAAUUCGCAUAUUUCUGUUUCUUUCUUACUCAUUUGGAAUUGAAACGAUAAAUACGUUCAUACACUCCCGUAGCUCGCUCGAAAACCAUACCCGAUUCCAGACCAAAAAGUGUAUACCCGUUUUUAGACCAAAACGGCGCAAAACUCCUACCCUUUGGGGCGGCACAUACCUACAUGGCUUAUAUAGGGGAGUACCCCCCCACCCCGGGCUAGCAAAGGACCAGUCGCAUAGUCAGAAAAAAUACGGUGGUCUAUUGGAGGAGAAAUAAUAGUCAUUCUCCUUUGAUUUGUUUUAGUUGAUCAAGCUCAACAAUCCAGACUUGGUUCUCUUCGUUGGAGAGGCUUUGGUUGGUAACGAGGCAGUGGAUCAGCUGAAAAAGUUUAACCAAGCUUUGGCAGAUUAUUCUAUGAGUGAAAACCCGCGAUUGAUCGAUGGCAUCCUGCUCACCAAAUUUGACACCAUUGAUGAUAAGGUUAGUGGCGUAGCAUGAUUUCCUAAGGAUCUUGUCCCGUUUGUUCAAAUGUUGGAUAGCGCUACCCCGUCAGAUAAAUGACUAUCAUAUCUGUUGGUCACCCGAGGGGGCAAGAUGGGCCCGUCUUGUUCACUCAGGAUUUCCCGCCUUGGUCCCGCAAAAAGUUUUUGUUUGGCGAUAUAACAAACCUUUUGUUGACCAAGCUUGUUCGGUCAAGAGGGCUGUGUAGUGGUCUCGUUCUUUAUCACGUUUGUAGGGUCAUUAAAAACGCAAAAAAGAACCUUGGCCAAUAUACGGCAAUCUUGACCGAACAAACUUGGUCAAUAACGUAUACUGAAAAUCCUCUAGUAAGUCCUCCCUUUCAAUUAAUCCCCCUCCCUGUAAUAGCCCCCCCCCCCUUUUCAGGGGAAGAGAGGUAAUAAGCCCCCCUUCUCUAUUAGGCCCCCUCCCCUACCCUCCCCCUAAUUAUUCUUCACCAAUAAAUGAGAGACUAUUAAUCAAUCACGACCGUAAAACUUCCUGUGGAGUGUUCCAGGAUGGUUUAUUUACCAACUGGAAGUUCGGAUUUGAUUCUGAUCCCCCGAGGGGGUGCCUCAUAAAGGUAGUUUACGGUAUCGUACGAUCGACGUCUGAGCGGGGUUUUUUGUGAUUGCUAGGUUGGCGCCGCUAUCUCCAUGACAUACACCACUGGCCAGCCAAUUGUGUUUGUGGGCACAGGACAAACGUACAGCGACCUAAAAAGCCUUAAUGUCAAGGCCGUGGUUAAUGCCUUGUUGAGAGCCUGA